AUGACCUCCAAACUGGUGUCUAUGUUCUACCCUGGAGAAGAUGUUAGCGAGAAGAAGAGUAUGGCUCUUGGCCUCCUGGCCUCCUCUUUGCUAGGACGCGAGGCUAACAGACGAUGUACAGAUAAAGCAAACAAUAUUUCGAAAGCGCAGGACCCGCCACAAGGAGAGUCCAGCCAUCCUCCCAGAUCUUCUACUCCUCAAGCUGUGCGGUUUGCGUCUGGAGUCCAAGAAAUAGAGCCCGUUCAUGGCAUACACCAGAUGAUCGACCCGUCCGGGCAGAAAGUCAAAUCGGCGGAAGAAUUGACCCCGGAAGCCAAAGAAGAAAUACGCAACCUUGCAAUUACUUUGCAAAAGUCCAAGCUUCAAGAGAGCCGAAUGUCAAAUUAUGCCUUCGAGCCCAUGUCGCUUCCGCCUUCAAGAGCAACCUCCCGGGAGCCCAGCCCCCGUGGCUCUCCCAGACACUCUCUCAUGCCUUCUGCUCGACCAUCGCCUCCUAUCUCUAGUAUUCAUUCUCCACCUCUUACACCACAUGACUCUUGCUCCAGAGAGCCCUCAACCGACGCGAUUGUUACGUCCAAGCAAGAAGCGAAGUCCACUGCUAUUACCCCACAAACAUCUCCUCCUCAACAACCCCACGGUAGGUCUAUGUCAGAAUCCAUUUCUCCUACUGCUACGGCUUCCAGGCCUCCCUCCUCUGACCAGCAUUCCACUCGCCCUACAUCAGUUUCGGAGGAGUCGUGGCCAGAUGCUCCAAAACGAGUGCCCCGCUUCGCCGUGGGACCUUCUGGAGAGUCCAGUCCUGGCGACCCAAGUCCAACACCAACCACCCCAUCUGAGUCUUCAAAUCGUCAAGCCCCCGUACAAUCGUUGACCCAACCCGCGGAUCAGAGCAGACGGCAUGGGCAACAAAAAGUUCCAGGGCAGAUAGAUCAGCGCUAUCAAAUCAGCCGGGACUCAAAACGGAGUUCAGUCACACCUGCUCAAGCGUUGCAAAAUGCACAUCUACUGCCAAGAUCAGGGAGCAGCAACGAAGGAAAGCAGGAGAAGAAGUCGUCUAUUUUUGGUGGUAAAAAGGACGGCCUUGCACAUGUCCAUGAUGACGGGUCUGGGGGACUGAGCGAAAAAAAGCAUCACGGAUCGAUGUCCGAGCUCAAGAGGUUCUUCCGUCUCGGCCACAAGCACAAGCGUGGGGAGUCUCCUGCCCCUGCAUCGAGAAAACCUAGUACCAAGCCCGACUCGAAAACGCCUCCCCAUCAAGUUCCGCCGUCUAACGUCCCCUUUGCGGAUGAUCACGGACUCGAGGCUAAGUAUGGCAAAUUCGGGAAAGUCCUGGGUUCUGGUGCCGGUGGCUCGGUGCGUCUUUUGAAGCGCAGUAGUGAUGGUGUUACAUUCGCGGUCAAGCAAUUUCGAGAAAGGCAUUCUUGGGAGAGUGAAAAAGACUACUCCAAAAAGGUGACUGCGGAAUUUUGCAUUGGAUCAACUCUUCACCAUGGAAACAUAAUUGAAACGAUGGACAUUAUUCAAGAAAAAGAUCGUUGGUAUGAGGUCAUGGAAUAUGCGCCGUACGACCUAUUCGCCAUCGUCAUGACAGGCAAGAUGAGCAGAGAAGAAGUCGCUUGCUCAUUUCUGCAGAUCGUCAAUGGAGUCAGCUACCUGCACAGCAUGGGUCUAGCCCAUCGCGACUUGAAACUAGACAAUGUGGUGGUCAACGAAUACGGUAUCAUGAAACUCAUAGACUUCGGAAGCGCGACGGUCUUCAGAUAUCCUUUUGAGAAUGAUAUUGUACUUGCAUCUGGAAUCGUCGGUUCAGAUCCUUAUUUGGCGCCUGAAGUCUACGAGGAGAAAAAGUACGACCCUACAGCUACCGACAUAUGGUCACUUGCCAUCAUUUUCUGCUGCAUGACGCUUCGGAGAUUCCCAUGGAAGCAGCCGCGACUCAUAGAUAAUUCCUACAAGCUCUUUGUGGCGCCACCAACGCCUGGGACUCCCGUGCCUGAUUCGGAGCCUCGGCGUGUAUCCGAGAAUAGAUCGAAAGACGGAUUCGUGAUAGAGGAUGCCAAAGACUCAAGGCGACCAACUGAGCCUAGUCUGUCGCAGAAUGGGGACGGAAAAGACAAGUCUGGCCAUCGCCAUCGCCAUAGCCAUAGCCAUAGCCACUCAGAAGCGAACCAGGCCAAUGGAGCUUCUGACGCAUCGGCAAAGACCUCCACAGCAUCAGAUGCUUCUGGUAAGAGUGAGGUGGUCAAGGGGCCAUGGAGGUUGCUUCGUCUUCUUCCCAGGGAGAGCCGCCAUAUUAUUGGAAGAAUGUUGAAGGUAGAUCCAAAGGAGAGGGCGACCAUGGACGAGAUCUUAUCGGACGACUCGGUGUUGGAGACUCCCGUUUGCAGCCAGGAGGAGCAGGGUGAAGUAAGACGUGCGCCGGGUCAUGAGCAUACUUUGGAGGCGGGAAAUGCUCCUCAGCCUCCCGGCGACAAAUAUACUGGUGGCCGCGACGGGGCGAUCUGUGCUUGGGACCUUAACCUGGACCUUCACGAUACACAUACUUCAAACCCGUUCUCAUCGCCCGAAGACCAAUCCUCAGACUCGACUCCGAAAUCCUUGAACUCUACAAAAUUUCGUCGCCAAGUACAAGCGCAUACACAUUGGGUGAAUGACAUUGUGUUGACCCAGCAGAAUUCCACGCUCGUAUCAGCUUCUUCAGAUGUGACUGUCAAGGCGUGGAGACCGCAUUCUGCCCAGGGAACCAGAGCCCAGACCAUCGGUGUUCAUAGUGAUUAUGUCAAAUGUUUGACUACUCCCGAUCCCACGGCAACAUGGGUAGCCUCAGGCGGCUUGGAUCAUAAAAUCUGCCUUUGGGACCUUAAUGGCGCGGGGCAGAAGCUACAAAUCGACGUCGGAAAAAGUGAGGGCGUGACUAAAGGUUCUAUAUAUGCUCUACGCUCCAAAGGUCCCAUAAUUGCUAGUGGAGGCCCUGAGAGCGUCGUCCGAAUAUGGGACGUGAGGACGGGGAAGAGCAUAACCAAACUGGUAGGUCAUACGGACAACGUAAGAGAUAUCCUGCUUAGUGAGGAUGGCGAUACCGUGAUGACCGCGUCUUCGGACCAGACUGUGAAAGUGUGGUCCUUGACAGCUGGUCGCUGCCUGAACACUUUGACGAUGCACAAUGACAGCGUCUGGUGCCUUUUCUCAACUCAUCCACAGUUGUCACUGUUUUAUUCUAGUGACAGAUCCGGGUUGGUUGCGAAGACCGAUACGAGAAAUGUUAAAGAGAUAGACGAAGGCAUAUCCUUAGCGGUACUUCAGGAAAACGAUGGUGUACACAAGAUCGUUGCUGCUGGAGGGCACAUUUGGACAACGACCUCAAGCUCGAGUAUCAACCGCUGGUGCGACAUUAACACUAACGCGGACAUUGAACCUUUACCACUACCUGAACAAAGUCGAGCUCCAAGUAGUCUCUCCAAAAGAUCAGUUCCCACCUCACCGUCGAACACAAAUUUUCCUACCACUAACGGCGUAAAUGCUACGUCGAAAAUCCCUUCCGCCGCUCUUCUUCGAUUGUCCGUUACUGCACCUUUUCCAGGAACUAGGUUAAAGGAGUUUGAACGGUCGACUUCACAACAGACUCCGAGCAUUCGCAAAGCUUCAGAAGCAAUGAUAGAGACAGAUCAACAUUUAACCAUUCCUAUACAAGCCCUACCUGAGGAGACGAUAGAAGGCCAGAAUGGUCUCAUAAAACAUGUAAUGCUCAACGACCGAAAGAGAGUCUUGACCCUGGAUAGCACGGGCGAAGUCGUUCUGUGGGAUUUGCUAAAGUGCAUGCCUAUCAAGUCUUUUGGCAAACAGCAUCUGGAGGACGUCGUUCCCAUGGUGAACACCGUUGAAAGUGUAGCGAACUGGUGCGCGGUCGAUACGCGUACAGGCAGACUAAGUGUCAUGCUCGAAGAAAACUACUGUUUCGAUGCAGAGGUGUAUGCCGAUGAAACCGACGUUGCCAACUUGGCGGAUUUUAGAGAAGAUCAGAGAAUCAAUCUUGGCAAAUGGGUUCUGCGGAACCUCUUCACUGCGCUUAUCGAAGAGGAGAUCAAGAGAGAUGAAGUCUACCGAAAAGAGUUGUUGGCGAAACAUCACCGACUUAAUGGACUGCAACGUGGAAAUGCGCCGCUUUCAAUCAUGAUGCCAGGGUCAGCAAUGUCUUCCAACGACUCUCAACCUACUCCUCGACCGUCGGGUGGAUCUUAUCUAAUCCCAGGCACUCCAGGGCUGUCAAUCGGUGUUGCUAGCCCUGCUGGACCCCCUAACCAUGUGUCCUCAUUACCACCAAACCACUUAGAGCCGACUGCAGAGGAAGAUCAUGGGUCCGAACAGGACGGCACCACGAACGACCAAGCGAGUACCACAGGCACACGGCCCGAUGAUUAUUUCUCCCCGAAUCCCACCGCACAGCCCUCUGAAGCUUCGUCGGAAAGCAACCAAAAAAUAGCAAACACUCUAGGCGACAAAGGUCCCGAUGCGUUGCCUGCCUCUCCAGUCGACGACAAAGACGAAAAAAAGAAAGGUUCUCUGUUUGGGAAGGGGAAGAAUUUCAAAAUGACUUUUCCGAGCAUGAAACUAAGCCGGAUCAGCGGCGAGGCUAAGCCUGUCGUUACACCACAAGAAGACAAGUCGGAGGAUGCAUCGGACAAGUCGUCCGAAAAGGGGGAGCGAACAUUUGAGGAUAGUUUCUAUGGAGUCAUCCAGAGGAUCCGGCAUGAUUACGACGAGCAAAUCCAAACCCACCCGGAUCAGCCACCAGUCAUAGGAGUGACGUCCAGCUUGCCGGAUGAAACGCCUGUGCUGAGACAACCACCACACACGUUGGUCCUCAUUCAGGAGGAUAGUCCAGAAGCAGGCGGAGUAGUUGACCUCUAUGGGGGAGCAAUCGCCACUUUGGGAGCUGACGCAGACAUCGUCGAGAAGAUUGCGCCUGCCUGGUUAGGAGACCUACUCCUUCGGGUAAACCACAUUCCCUAUAAAGAGACUGUCAAAGUCUCCUUCACUCUACAGCCUCUCAAAGACGAGCUACCAAGCAUAGCAACAGCUGACGGUCGUCUCAAUGCCAACCGCAUGCUCCGAGCCAAGAAAAUUCUGGCCUAUGUCGCGGAGAGAAUCGAAGCGCAGCCGACCGAGCUGGAGGAGAAUCCGAUGAAGGUCGAGGAAUACCUGGAGCUGUAUUGUCAUGAUCAGCUCGUGCCUCCAAACAUGACGCUGGCGACGUUACGAACACAUAUCUGGAGAACAGGAGGGGACGUGGCCUUGUUCUACCGAGCAAAUGGGAAGAAAGUUAUUUCGCCGGCGCCGCCGGAGCAUCCGCUGGCGGUGGCUAACGGACAUUCGUCUCCGUCCUGA